CCUCCCUGUCUGACAACAUGUGUCUGAAGAUUUCCGGCAUAUACUUCAGUCAUGGCUCUUUCUACAUGUAAGAAAACUCCUUCCGAGAAAACACCGAUUUUCCAGAAGACUCCUGAGGGCCUGGUGUACAGGAUCCCAUCACUGAUCUACAUUGAGGACAGUCACACAUUGCUGGCCUUUGCAGAGGAGCGCACCUCUCCAUCUGAUAAUCAUGCGAAGAGCCUCGUCUCGCGGGAGGGGAAGGUAUCCGCCGAUAAAACCAUUGAGUGGUCACCCUUACAAAGGCUGGAAUCAGCAAGUUUGCCGGGUCAUCGCACCAUGAACCCCUGCCCAGUGUAUGAGAAGAGCUCCAAAACGAUCUUCCUCUUCUUCAUCUGCGUCGAGAAUGGGAUUUCGGAACAGCAGCAGAUUAUAACCGGUAAAAAUGCUGCCAGACUUUGCUGUGUCACCAGAAAAGAGGGAGAGCAGGAAUGGAGCGCCGUGAACGAUCUGACUGAGAUUGUGAUCGGAGCAGAGAUUGCCCAGUGGGCCACGUUUGCUGUGGGGCCUGGACACGGCAUCCAGCUGGCGAGUGGGAGGUUGGUGAUUCCGGCCUACAGGUACCCCGGGACCAACAGGAACCCGCUAAGUGCCCGGCCCUAUGCCUUCUACUUCUACAGCGAUGACAUGGGUAAGAUUUGGAAGCUGAGUCAGAAAAUUAAAGAAGAGUCCGGGGAGUGUGAGAUGGCUGAGACCGUGGAUGACAGCGGCCAGACCUUCCUGUACUGCAACGCCCGAAGCAAGCACAAAAAUUAUAGACUGGAGGCUUGGGGGGAAAGUGAAGAGGUCUGCUUCACGGAGUCCCACUUGGUUCCGGAGCUGGUAGAGUCGUGGGCCGGGUGCCAGGGCAGCGUGGUGAGCCUUCCUGUGCCAGAAUCCCAUGCAGGCUCAGGCACCGGGUCCUGGCUGCUCUUCUCCCAUCCCACCAGUACCAAGGGCAGGCUGGACCUGGGGAUCUACCUGAACAAGAACCCCUUCCAGCAGUCGAGCUGGGAGCAGCCCUUGGUGCUGAACCCCGGGCCCAGCGGAUACUCCGACCUGGCGUCCUGUGCUGAUUACGGCUUCUUCGCCUGUCUGGUGGAGUGCGGUGAGGAACGGGAGACUGAGCAGAUAGCUCUGCUGCGCUUUAGCCUUGAUGAUGUGCUGAAAGCUCCUGGUGAGGAAGCAAGCAGAUCUCACCACUGCACCUUAGUCAAAUGA